ACGAUGCGCUCUGCCGCUGUUGUCCCAUUCUUGUUUAGUGGACUUCAUAUAUUGGUCACUCGAGCUAAUCCGGUGAAGAGGACCAUAUCGGAGACUGUUUACGAUGAUUUGGUCUUCUACUUCCAGUACGCUUCGUCGGCGUAUAGCACCACCUGUGCUAGCCCAAACGGGAACACGCUCGUCACAGAGUUCAGUGACACGGGCACGGACACACAAGGGUUUAUCGCUCGAGACGACACUCGAGAGGAAAUUGUGGUUGCUCUUCGCGGAAGCUCCAGCGCGGAAGAUUUUCUGACCGAUGUUGAGUUGGUACUGGAGGACUUUGUCGUGACCGGUACUUCACCACCAGAUGGCACAACCGCGCACACAGGAUUCUUGAACGCCUGGAACGCUGUUGUCGAUACUGUCCUGUCUGAGGUUACGAGCCAGCUCUCCGAUAACCCAGGCUACGCAAUCGUCACCAGCGGCCAUUCACUCGGAGGCGCCCUAUCCUCUCUCGCUGCUAUCACAUUACAGCAGAACUUCCCUUCCUCGAUUGUCCGGAUGUAUACCUACGGUCAGCCGAGGACGGGAAAUGAUGAUUACGCGUUCUGGGUGAACGAUGAAAUUGGGUCGAAUGCAUUCAGAGUUGUGCACACUACGGAUGGAGUGCCAACAAUCAUCCCUACAUCUCUCGGCUACCGACACCACGGUAUCGAGUACUGGCAGAACCCGGACCCGCCAUCUGCGGACACAACGACAGAGUGUGCAGCAGAUGGGGAAGACCCGACUUGCUCUGCCUCCAUACCCAGCGGGGGUAUCGAUGCCGCCCAUACCGAGUACUUCGACAUUCUCGCUAUUACCCCUUUCUGCUCGUAGACUGCAGAAAUACUACGAGACGAUGCAUGAGGGGGUACGGGAUCAGAAAGUAGAGUUCAUAGGAGUGGACAUUGCGGGAGCGACCUUGGAGGUUGCUCGACUGUCCACCUUGAAUUUCGUCGGUGUGCUAGGCAAGGCUAGCUUCAUCAGGCUCUCGACACCUCAUUCUUUGUCUUGGUAAAUAGGAAAAACAUCGGGAAAUAGCAUUUUUGAACUGGACAUUGGGUUGAAUACUAACCUUACCAUUCACAUCGAU